AUGGCCCAGAUGAUGGUCUUGAGCUGGUCUGGAAUGCGGCUUCAGCAUGUCAUCAAUGAUAGGAAUUCCAGCUUCUUUCACCGAGAGCGCGAGAAAGCACUAGCCGUGCUCCGGUCGCGCGGAGUUAUCCACAGCGACAGCGAGUGGCGCAAUAUGUUGUGGGAUGACCUGGGCGGUCGUUUGUUUGUCAUUGACUUGGAGGAUGUUAAAUGGUUGAAGCGCCCUCGGGCCCUUGAACCCACGUCUGGCAAUACACGGCGCAACUGUUGCGUCGGAGCAAGGAAACCUAAGCACGGCUUGAAAAGCGUGGAAAUUUGCGAUAUGGCAGUGCCUUAA